GCGGCGGGCGUCCAAUGGGCACGCGCGAGGCGAGAGCGGCUCCUUGCCCGGCUCGGCUCGCCGCGGAGGGCAGACGGCGGCGGCGGACGCGUCUCCCGGCGGCUCCGGGUGGACAAGACGACUGUCUACCCCUGGAGCCUGCGGAAAAAUAAUGGGCUGUCCCACUCCUCCUCCAGCGGACCCCUAGAGCUGCCUAGAAGAAUCUCUUCCCCUUUGCACCCCACGGUUCUCCAUCCCAAGAACACCGAAUUGUUUGCGAUGAUUGAAAAGAUGCAGGGAAACCGGAUGGACGAGCAGCGCUGUGCCUUCCCCCCUCCCCUCAAGACGGAAGAGGAUUAUAUCCCUUAUCCCAGCGUCCACGAGGUUUUGGGCAGGGAGGCGCCCUUCCCGCUCAUCUUGCUCCCCCAGUUUGGGGGCUACUGGAUCGAGGGGACCAACCACGACCUGCUGGAUCUGGCCGAAAUCCAGUCUCCCGGCUGUAAGGUCAAGCUGGAAUGCAACCACCUGGCCAGGGUCUACCGGAAGCACUUUUUGGGCAAGGAGCAUUUCAAUUACUACUCGGUGGACGGCGCGCUGGGACACCUGGUGUUCUCGCUCAAGUACGACGUGAUCGGGGACCAGGAACAUCUGCGCCUGCUCCUGCGCACCAAGAGCCGGUCCUAUCACGACGUCAUCCCCAUCUCCUGCCUGACCGAGUUCCCCAACGUGGUCCAGAUGGCCAAGCUGGUCUGUGAAGACGUGAACGUUGACCGCUUCUACCCUGUGCUGUAUCCCAAGGCCUCCCGCCUGAUCGUCACCUUCGACGAACACGUCAUCAGCAAUAACUUCAAAUUUGGGGUGAUAUACCAGCAACUUGGUCAGACGUCGGAAGAGGAGCUGUUUAGCACCACGGAGGAGAGCGCGGCCUUUAGCGAAUUCCUAGAGUUCCUGGGCCAGAAGGUACAGCUGCAGGACUUUAAGGGGUUCCGGGGGGGCCUGGACGUGACGCACGGCCAGACGGGGACCGAGUCCGUCUACUGCAACUUCCGGAACAAGGAGAUCAUGUUCCACGUCUCCACCAAGCUGCCGUACACCGAAGGGGACGCGCAGCAGCUGCAGCGGAAGCGCCACAUCGGCAACGAUAUCGUGGCCAUCGUCUUCCAGGACGAGAACACCCCCUUUGUGCCGGACAUGAUCGCCUCCAACUUCUUGCACGCCUACGUGGUGGUGCAGGUCGAGAACGCCUGUUCGGAAAACACCCUCUACAAGGUCUCAGUCACUGCCCGGGACGACGUCCCUUUCUUUGGGCCUCCGCUGCCCAACCCAGCCAUUUUCCAGAAGGGGCCAGACUUCCAAGUGUUCCUUUUGACCAAGCUGAUCAACGCCGAAUACGCCUGCUACAAAGCAGAAAAGUUUGCCAAACUGGAAGAGCGCACGCGGGCGGCCCUGCUGGAGACCCUGUACGAAGAGCUGCACCUGAACAGCCAGUCCAUGAUGGGCCUGGGGGGCGAGGAGGAGAAGAUGGAGAACGGCGGAGGGGGCAGCAGCAGCUUCUUCGAGUCGUUCAAGCGGGUGAUCCGUAGCCGCAGCCAAUCGAUGGACGCCGUGGGUCUCAGCAGCAAGAAGCAGAACACCGUCACCAUCAGCCAAAGUGGCAGCUUUGGGCACCACAGCCCUGACAUCACCAAAGCCAGCGGCCUAUCAUUGCUUGUGCCCGGAAAAACGUCAAGUAGGUACGGACGCCGAGGCAGCGCGAUAGGCAUAGGAACCAUUGAAGAGUCCCUCAUUGUUCCCGGGAAGAGUCCGACACGGAAGAAAUCCGGGCCAGUUGGGUCCCGGCGAAGCAGCGCCAUCGGCAUCGAGAACAUCCAGGAAGUGCAGGAGAAAAGGGAGAGCCCGACGGGCACUGCGCAGACGCCCGAUGACAACCACACCGGCCAGGAGCCUCACUCCGAAAACUCCUCCAAUCAGAGCUCCCCAGAGAUGCCCACCACGAAGAACAGGCCAGAUCCGGUGAUGCCGAAGCCAGAAGCCGGACACGAAUCCUCCCGCUCCUCCUCCAGCGCCAGUAGCUUUGGCAGCAUGGUGGAGGACGCCGAAGCCAGCCGGGAUGACACCAGCGGGGAGAGCCACUUCCCUCCCACGCCUUCCCACAAACGCAAUUCCUUCAUCUACAGCACGUGGCUGGACGACAGCACCAGCACCCCCAGUGGGGGCAGCUCUCCAGGCCCCUCGCACUCCCCCCAGCCGGACCCCAGGAAGCGCGCGGACCCCCCUUGCCCCGAGAUCCAGAUCCAGCUGGAACAUUCGGACCCACAGCCCCCACACCUGAGCUGCUAACUCUCCCACCGGUCUCGUGGAUGUGCCUCUUGAGCAGCUCACGACAAAGAAGCACAAGCUGAGGCAACGCGGGAGCAGCCCCCAUUUUUCUCUCCGAGACGACGCUCCGACCAGCAACACCUGCUUCUUCAACUCUCCAUUUUAUGCAGCUGCUUCUCCUCUCCGGCCACAUCCAGUGGCUUCCCGGCACGCCGGGAGUGGCAUUGCUCUGGGCCCACCCAGGACUCUCUGGGCCUUGAUUUCCCACCCCCUUUUCCAUGAGCUGUGCUCAACGAUGCCCCCUCCCCAAUUCCAUUGCCCCCCCCCCAAUCCCUCCAGCCUGUGGAGUCAAACGCUGGACAAUCACAAGGAGACGGAGAUGGCCUGUGUGUUUCCCAACUGUUUCCCCUCCCCAGGUCCCUUUGUGGGGGCCGUCACCUCCGGGUGGGGUGGGGUGGGCAGAGAGCCAUCGGCCUCUUCCUGGCUUCCCUAUUGCAGAAGCCGGUAGCCCCCCCUGUUUCCAGGGGCCACCUUGGAAGAGGAUAGCUGGGCUAGGAGCAGCUCUCUCCUGCAAGUUGUGUUUUCUUCCCCCCCCCCCCGGAAAGUCGAGCAUCUCCAUCGGCUGCGUGUUUUCUGGACCCGGGUUUCAGCACACGGUGGAGGCCACGGAUGGAGGCGUUUAUGGGGCAACAUCUGGAUUACGCCUGGAUCAGCUCCCUCCGUCUUGGGUCUCCCACUGGCCUUGUCACCAGGGCUCCUUCUGCAUCUCUCUUUCUCUCUCUCUCUCUCUCCCUCCCUCCCUCCCUCCCUCCCUCUCUCUUUCUCUCUCUCUCUUUCUCUCUCCCUCCCUCCUCUCUCUUUCUUUCUCUUUCUCUCUCUCUCUUUCUCUUUCUCCUUCUCUCUCUCUCUCUCUCCUGCCCGGCUGGCGCACUCUUUCCUGCCCUCCGCUCUUGUCACACAUUCCCUGUCACACAUUCCCUGUCCACUUUGCCCCCCACCACACACACACAGACACACACACAGCAGCCAUUGUCCCUCCUAUCCUAAGGAAUUUUGGCAGGAGGGAGGGACCGAGAUGUUCCCCGUCUCUCCCCCGAUGUUCAUCCCAAAGAAACUUUGACAAUCUUGCCCCAGGUCAGUUAGGGAAUGGCGGGGUUCGGCUGGGUCUGUGGGUGCCCUGGGGUGACUUUCAGGCUGGUCCAGGGCAGGUGGGCCACCAGCCCCCCUUCACCCCACAGCCGGGCUCUGGCUGGGCUCUAAACUGCAGAGGCCUCCCCCUCUGUGCUGUGCUUGGCCUGCCCCCCCCCCGUGCUGUGCAGGAUUUGGGGGGGGCACCACACCUUUGUGGGCAACACACCCGGCUGGCUCCACAGGUGUCUGGAUCAGGGAAAGGGGUUCCUCCAAUUCCCAGGCAUCCACAUUUAAUUUUAAACAUCCUUCUGGUGAUGUGAAAAUAUUAAUUCUGUGAUGUCUGGGUCUCUGUCUCUCUUUCUCUCUUUUUCUUUCUUUCUCUGUCUCUUUCUCUUUUUUUUCUCUCUCUUUCUGUCUCUUUUUCUUUCUCUUUUUCUUUCUCUCUUUCUCUUUCUAUCUCUUUUUCUUUCUCUUUUUCUUUCUUUCUCUCUUUCUCUCUCUCUCUCUCUCAUGUCUGUUGGGUAAAUCCGUCCUUUCUUUUUGGGUCGUUUUGGUUGCUUAAUUUUAUUUAAUUUUAUUUAAAAAAAAAAGAUGCACAAAAUCCAUGAACUUAACAAUGUUUCAACAUUGUGUUUAAUUUAAACUCCAAGACUCGUAUUGGUGUUUCCAGUGACCUGUGUAUAAAAAAUAAAAAAAAAA